AUCUGAUGUGUUUCCGGUUAGUGGCCACUAAGAGUGGUUGUGCACGAGUAGAGUUCCAGAAAAAGAGGUGUCAAACCGAGGUCUGGCAAUGCAGCGGGUGUGCGAAAGCUGUGUACUAUGCGCUGUCAGUCCUUUCCAAACGCGCACAAAGUGACAGCACGCUAGCGUUAUCUCCACUGUAUGUCAACAAGUUGACUUACAAAAUGUACUCACUUUCGCGGGGAAUUAGCGCGUUGUCAUGGAAACCUAGAUAACAUUGUCCAGUCUUUUGUUAUAUUUGGUACAGAACAGGUUACAAUCCAACCACUGGAGCGUAUAUCAAAGAGGGGAAGCUGUUAUGGAAGAGAAGCGGGAUCAGAGCGAAGAUGACAGCGUUUCUCUGUCACCCAGCCUGCCCUCUCCACCUCUGCUCCCGCUGCAGGCUGCGCACCACGCGCACAGAACCACGAACUUUUUCAUUGACAAUAUCCUCAGACCGGACUUCGGCUGCAAAAGGGAGCAAUGUUCAGGUGCACGGUCUAUUGUUGCCCGACCAACUGUCCCCAGCACUCCUUGCCCGGAUUCCAACUGCAGUACGGACAGUGUUUCAUCUUCAGCCUCGUCUACCGUUUCGUCUCCAGCCAGCAGCAGGCAUUCCAGGGUAGACGAGGCAGAUAGAGGGAACGCAGCAAAAUCUGGGGUUGUCUCAGCGUCAUCCGUUGCUUUGAAUAGCCCAGGUGAAACAUCUUCGCCCAGUAAGGACGCCCAACAGCUUCUGUGGCCCGCCUGGGUUUAUUGCACGAGGUACUCUGAUCGACCUUCAUCUGGCCCAAGGACCCGGAAAUUGAAAAAGAAGAAAAACGACAGUGAGGAUAAACGACCCAGAACGGCGUUCACAGCUGAGCAGCUCCAAAGACUGAAGGCUGAGUUUCAGGCGAGCCGCUAUAUCACGGAGCAACGGCGGCAGGCCCUGGCGCACGAACUCAACCUGAACGAGUCUCAAAUUAAAAUCUGGUUCCAGAACAAACGGGCUAAAAUCAAGAAAGCCAGCGGACUCAAGAACGGUCUGGCAAUGCAACUAAUGGCGCAGGGACUGUACAACCAUUCCACCACCACCGUUCAAGAAGACGAUGGCAACUAGCAAAAACAGAAAGGUAGAGAAAAGAAAACACGGAGAGCGAAAUAGGGUCGGAAGAUUAAAGUGAAGCAGGACAAACUCAAAUUACUUGAGCAGACGUUACAAAGGGAUAUUAUAGGUUACUUUAUCAACCUGUUUGGACGAGCCGGUUGAUGUUUUUUUUACAAUACAAAUAUGUGGAUUUAUAUGGGCCUCAUUUUGAUUUCAAGAAGGCUAUUAAAAUGCAAAUGGAUCGUUGUUUGAAAUCGUUACGCCACUACCAGUAACACUAUGACACUUUACAUUUUAUCUUUUUUUUCUGUUGAAAGCAAUAUUUCUUCGUGCCAAAGAUGUUAUUCGAGUAAAGUAUCCAGAUAACAGUAUAGGCUACAUUUCGUCUAUUGAUUUUUUUUUUUCUUUGCUGAUGGGACUUGGGAUAAUGGUAGACUUAAUCUGAUACCAGAUAUUAUUCUUUACAAGAUGUUUAAUACUAUAUCCAAAUAAACUCUUUUGUACAUGCAUAAUGUGGCCUCUAUUUUUUCUUUAUUUUACCCUUAUACAGUUAAUAAUAAAAGUCAGCAUCGUAGUCUAA